UCUGAAUCUGUAUGUGCGUAACUACCCCGGUUUUUUUUUUUUUUUUAUUUCACCGCUAUAGUCACUGUCUGCCUAGUUCUAGACACGUAAUCAAUGAGGGCUUUGGUUAGCCAUGGCUGUUGUGUCAUGGAAGGAGAUUUUACUUUUGACUGGACUGGUGGUGGGGUGUUACUGGAACAGUUUGUCCUGCGGCUUUGUUUUUGAUGAUGUCUCAGCGAUCCUUGACAACAAGGACCUACGGCCAUCGACCCCUCUCCACAACCUAUUCCUCAAUGACUUCUGGGGAACACCCAUGGCUGAGGAGCGGAGCCAUAAAUCUUACCGACCCCUAACUGUACUCACCUUUCGACUGAACUACCUCUUCAGUGAGCUGAGUGCAGCAUCCUAUCAUCUGCUCAAUGUGGUCUUACACGCCACAGUAUGUGUGCUUUUUCUGCGAGUGUGCCGAUUGUUCCUGGACAAGACUUCCAGCUUGGUAGCAGCGUUGCUGUUUGCUGUACACCCCAUCCACACUGAAGCUGUCACAGGUGUGGUUGGCAGAGCUGAACUUCUCUCCUCAAUCUUUCUCCUGGCUGCUUUCCUGGCCUACACAAAAUCAACAGGUGCAGAUCACUCCAUUGUCUGGGCUCCCAUUGCUUUGACAGUUAUUCUAGUCGCUGCAGCAACACUGUGUAAAGAGCAGGGAAUCACUGUUGUUGGCAUUUGCUGUGUCCAUGAAGUAUUUGUUGCACAAGGGUUUACUUUGCCCAUGCUAUUGGACACACUGCGACAAGUCCUGCAGGGUAAAGGCAGCUUCCCCUAUGCUCUCCUACAAACACUGCUGAAGCUCAUAGUCCUUGUUAUCAGCACCCUGCUGCUCGUCAUCAUCAGGGUCCAGGUCAUCCAGUCCCAGCUUCCUGUCUUCACCAGAUUCGAUAACCCUGCAGCAGUCAGCCCCACUCCCACUAGACAACUGACUUUCAACUACCUACUUCCUGUGAAUGCAUGGCUUCUGCUGAAUCCCUCCGAGCUCUGCUGUGACUGGACUAUGGGCACCAUCCCUCUGGUGGAGUCACUCCUAGACCUCCGUAACCUGGCCACGCUGGUGUUCUACACUUUUCUGGGCCUGCUAGCUUACCACAGCCUGCGCCACAGACACAGCUCUGCCAGGACUGUCAUCAUGGCACUGUCUUUGAUCGUCUUGCCUUUUAUUCCUGCAUCCAACCUUUUCUUCCCUGUGGGCUUUGUUGUGGCAGAGAGGGUGCUUUAUGUGCCUAGUAUGGGCUUCUGUGUGCUUGUUGCACAUGGAUUCAAGAUGGUCUCACAUAAAGGACAUUUGAAGAAGAUGUCCUGGUUGAUGAUUGGAGUGCUUUUAACUACACAUGCAGUGAAAACCUUCAACAGGAACUGGGACUGGGAGUCAGAAUAUACUCUGUUCACCUCUGCCUUGAAGGUCAACGGGAACAAUGCCAAGUUGUGGAAUAAUGUUGGCCACGCUUUAGAGAACCAGAACAACUAUGCCAGAGCACUGCAGUAUUUCCUGCAGGCAACCCGUGUCCAGCCAGAUGACAUUGGUGCUCACAUGAAUGUUGGAAGAACCUACAAGAACUUGAACAAGUCCAAAGAGGCAGAAGACGCCUACUUGGUUGCCAAAUCUCUCAUGCCACAGGUUAUUCCCGGUAAGAAGUAUGCAACACGUGUGGCCCCUAACCAUCUGAACGUUUACAUAAACCUGGCCAAUUUGAUUCGAGCCAACGAAUCACGCCUAGAAGAGGCUGACCUGCUGUAUCGACAAGCAAUCAGCAUGAGACCAGACUUCAAACAAGCCUAUAUCAGCAGAGGGGAGCUGUUGCUGAAGAUGAACAAGCUCACCGAGGCCCGGGACGCCUACCUCCGAGCCCUGGAGCUUGACCGCACCAACGCUGACCUGUGGUACAACCUGGCCAUUGUCAACAUCGAGAUGAAGGACCCGUCAGAAGCACUGAAGAACUUCAACCACGCCCUGGAGCUCAAUCCACGCCACAAGCUGGCACUCUUCAACUCGGCACUUCUCAUGCAGGAGUCAGGUGAACCAAAGUUCUGGCCCGAGGCCAACCGCCGUUUCCUCACCUAUGUGGAGGAGGAACCUGAAGAUGCCAAUGGCUACUUCAACCUUGGCAUGCUGGCCAUGGAUGCCAAUGAAGAUGCAGCAGCUGAGCGGUGGAUGCGUAAAGCCAUUGGCUUGCAGGCCGGCUUCCGCAGUGCCCUCUUUAACCUGGCGCUGCUUUACUCUCAGUCAAAACGCGAGAUGGAUGCACUACCUGUUUUGGAUGAGCUGCUCCGUCACCACCCAGAGCACAUCAAGGGCCUGAUCCUGAAGGGUGACAUCCUCAUGAACCACAAGAAGGACACGGGUGGUGCUAAAGCCUGCUUUGAGCGCAUUUUACACAUGGACCCCACCAAUGUGCAAGGCAAGCACAACUUGUGUGUGGUCUACUUUGAGGAGCGUGACCUGCCACGGGCCGAGCGCUGCCUGGAAGAAACUCUGGCUCUGGCUCCAAACGAGGAGUAUGUACGGCGUCACUUGCGUAUUGUACGAAGUAAAAUGGCUGCUAUGAGCGUGGCAGGGCAGCCUCUUACUUCAGCAGAGGGAGCUACCAUAACAGCCAAAGAGGAAAAGCCGAAAAAAGUUGAGGGGGCAGAGGAGGUUGCUGGGGGUCAGGAGGAAGGGAGGGGGUCUGAGGCUGUUGGAAAGGUGGCUGGGGAUGAGAAGAAUGUGUGGAAAUCCUCUGUAGAAAGGCUUGGAGGUGUGGACAUGGACCAGUCAGAGUCUUUGGACAGUAGCCAGCCAGACAAACGGACUAAGGGUAAGUCCACUAAAGACAUUAAAGAUAUAGAGAAAAAAAGAGAAGCUGCCUUGAAAAGACUUGAGGAGAUUGAGCGCAUAUUAAGUGGUGAUUGACAAUGUUGUAAUUUAUAGCUGGACCACUUUUACAGAGCUCUUGAAUGCUCCAGGAUAAGACUGCAUUUUUCCCCUUAGACAUGUGUAUUCUUAACCAACUGCCAUUUUAUUUCUUUGACUUAAUCAUGUGCUGCAGACUGCUCCACAUGGUUCUAACACUAAUCCUGUAAAAAAGGGAAAUGUUGAUCUGCACAUGAUAGUCAUGUAACAAUAAGCACAAUUUGGGAUAAUCUAUUUAAAGCUUAUGGCAAAUGUAGACGCUAAUGUGUGUGCUGCACCUGAAUGUGAUUUCACAUAUCAUAGAUCUCCAGUAGUUAUAAAUAUCUGUUUUGUUUUUCAAUGUGUAGUCAUUGUUUAUCACUGGAUUUUUUUCAAGAUGUGACUCACUCCUGUGUGUUAUUGUUCUUAAAAGCAGAAGGACUGUGUCAUGAACAAUUAAAGGAAAUGAUGUGUUCCCCAGAUUUCCUCAAGGCAGGAUGAUAUCUGCACAUUUAGCGCCUCAAAAUAACACAAACCAUAGAGAACUCAAUAUCCCUCCACACUACGUCAACACAAGCCUUGCAUUCAGUUGCAGCAGUGUUGGCUGCUAAUAUCUAUUGAUCUCACUCAGCACUUCCUGCCACUGCAUCAGCCCCCUCGUAGCUGCUUUCACCUCAAAAUUUCAUUGUGAUCCCAUUUAAACACUAUUAUCUCAUUCCCUUUGUCACAUUAGCCCCUCACAUCUCCACACCUCUCUCCUGUCCUUCACACUACAUCCUCAUUAGAGAGGAAUGCUUUUCUUAUUCAGCUACCCCAUACACAUGGCUUUGACCUUGACAACACCCAAUUUAUUUGAUGAUCAACAGUGACGCACACUCAUCCACGAUGUGAAGCUUCAUCAUGUGUUCUUCAUUUUCCAAAAUUCCUUGCACUUCACAAGAGGAAAUUUCACAGCACAUUUGCAGAAAACAGAUCUCCUCCUUCAUCCUGCUCCACAGCGAUGAUGCCUUUUUCAUUUUCUAGCAAUAAAAUACCAUCGGGAUGUUCCACACGUGUGUCUAUAGGCGUAACUGAUCACUCCAAAAAGAAAAAAGACAUUUUGCAUCACACUGGAGUUGCACAAAAUUUAACUACUGUGGGUGAGCACACAAAUUAAAACUUGAAAAUGAAUUAUAAAUGCACCAUUAAAUUAUGUCCUACUCCCAUUUCCUCGAGCCGCUUUCUUCUAUCACAGCACCACUAUAAAGCCCAGCGCUUGACUGUCCGUUUUCCAAGCGGUCUGGUGAUUUAAACAUUUCUCCGCUCUAAGAGAAUCACGUGGCCAAUAACUGAUCAAGAAACAUUUCUGUUCCCGCACAAACCAUUAAUGGCUUGAACAGGA